GUUGAAAGGGCGAAUCACAGAACCUUCGUUUCUUGCGAGCUCGGAAAAUUGCUUUCAGCCCUCUCAACCACAGUGGUCCUUGUCGUCUUCUAGACCUAGUUCGCACUGGUUCCUUUCUUACGACAAGUCUAACCAUCAUUACGGACCUCGAACGGACAUCCCAAGUCGAUCUACACGGAAUUGGUCAUCGUUUCAUUGAGCGGCUCAGCGCUCGGUUUUCGCGCUCGGCAUACCAAGAUCCAUUUGAAAUAUAAGACCCCGUCAUCUGCAAAUAUGUUCAUAUCCAUCAAAUUCAACAUACCUCUUGCGGCGUUCGUUAUUCAGCCUUGUGCACUGGAUAACUGGUCUUAAGCUGACCCUCCCUUUCGAUUCUGGUGACGAAGCUAUCCGUUUCCCCGCAUUUCGACGACAUGUCAUCAGAAAGCAACCUUGAAGAUUACGCAAGAGACAAAGAAAUUGGCAAGCAAGAUGGCAGCGAUGCUGAGACUGCGAACUCCAUCGUAGGAGAAACGAUAGCAGAAAAGCCUAGGACCGAGCAACCAGAAGGCCCCCAAGAUGCAGUCAGCAAACCUGCAGCUGGGCCUCCUCCGCCUCCAGAUGGUGGGGUCCAAGCAUGGCUUCAGGUGGUGGGAGGAUUUAUGUUGUUCUUCAAUACCUGGGGAUUGCUGAACACGUUUGGAGUCUUCCAGACGUACUACGAGUCCGGAGCUCUGUUUACCAAAUCAUCAUCCGACAUAUCAUGGAUUGGCGCUAUUCAGUCCUACAUGGUACUGCUGAUUGGCUUCAUUUCGGGGCCAGUAUACGACCGAGGCUAUUUACGAAUGCUGUUGAUUCUUGGUAGUUUUGGUGUCGUCUUUGGCCACAUGAUGCUCAGUCUGUGCCAUAAUUACUGGGAAGUACUUCUUGCGCAAGGAUUUUGUGUUGGAAUGGGGGCUGGUUGCCUUUUCGUUCCUGCAGUGGCUAUCCUUCCUCCUUACUUCAAGAGAAAGCUUGGUCUUGCUGUUGGAUUGGCAGCAAGCGGCUCUUCGUUUGGCGGGAUCAUUUACCCUAUUGUCGUGUAUCGACUCAUUGAUCGCAUCGGAUUCCCCUGGACAGUGCGAGUAAUCGGAUUCAUCGCGUUGGGAACCCUUCUCAUCCCAGUUGCGGUUAUGAAGAUGCGGUUCAAGCCACCAAAGGCGAGAGCACUUAUCGACUGGAAUGCAUUCACAGACGUGGGCUAUAUGUUUUUCGUCGUUGCCUGUCUGAUCGGAUUCAUGGGACUCUAUGUAAUUUUGUUCUAUCUUUCUUACUUCGCCGAGGAUCAACACAUUACAGACACCCAGAUGGCAUUUUAUCUCGUCCCAAUCUUUAACGCCGCAUCUUGCUUUGGUCGAACGGUUCCAAAUGCAAUUUCCGACAAAACGGGAACCUUCAACUUGAUUGCACCAGGAGCUCUCAUUCUCGGUAUCCUGAUUCUCUGUAUGAUCGCAGUCACAACUCAAGCGGGCAUUAUCACUAUUGCCGUACUGUCUGGACUGUUCAGUGGUGUCUUCAUUGCCAUGCCGCCUGUUUGUUUCGUCGCAUUGACAAAAGACAAAAGCAAGAUUGGAACGAGGAUAGGCAUGGGAUACGGGAUGAUUGGAUUUGGUGCACUUGCUGGAGGGCCGGGAGGUGGAAGCAUUUUGGGUCAGUCUGAUCCUUUGAAUUGGACUGGUCUGUGGGCUUUCGGCGGUGUCACGGCUUGUGUAUCUGGAGUCAUGUUCUUUGGUUUGAGGUUUGCCAAGUUCGGCUACAAGCUCAACAUCAAGGCUUGAAAGGUUACGUUACCCGAGCUUGCAAAUUAUCAGAAUGUAUAAUAGAGAAUGUAUAAAUUCAUGAUAGGCGUUACAUUGGGA